AUGUCGACCAAGAUAUCUCAUCGCCAAUACUAUUUCGCCUUUGGCAGCAACAUGAAUUUGACACAAAUGGCCGAUCGUUGUCCCGGAAGCACUUUCAUCGGGAAGGCCACACUGCGGGGAUAUAAGUGGCAGAUCAACCAGAGGCAUGUGGCAAACAUUGUCAAAGUCACUGAACACGUUUCAAGUGGACCAGCCGAUCAGGGUGAUGUGGUCGAGGGUCUCGUCUUCUCCGUUACCGAUAAGGACCGUCGGACUCUAGAUCGCAAGGAAGGCAUCAAACUCGGUGUCUAUGAGCGAGUCGUGCUGAAUGUUCUCCUGGAGCGACAUCCAACUUUAACUGAGAAAAAGACAGCGAUUGUCCGAGACAAGCUUCAAGAUGAGUCUUAUGACAUUGGCGAAAAUGCAGCAAAUUCACAGCCCAAGCAGUCAGUGCUGUCCAAAAGACCACUGCCCUCAGUAAGAUGUCCGCCAGCCGAGGUUGAAAAAAUUGAGGCGAUCACAUACCUGAGCACCAGGUAUGCUAAUGAUGGACUAAUACGACUCGAGUAUGUCCAAAGAAUGGAAAACGCAAUAAACGAUGCCGUGAAACUCAAAGUUUCGAGGGAUUUUGUGGAACGAUAUCUUGAACCUUACAUCAAUGGAGAUGUGUAUCAACCGGAAGAGGACGUCCAAGAAAACCCCUCGACUUCCAAUCCUUCUGUCUCACAGACUGUCUCCGAAGAAAGGAAAAGAAAGGCAAAAAGCGGGCCUAUUCUGCACUCCGCUGGUGCACAGAGGCCAGAUCAUGCCCACCCAGCUCAUCACACCAGAAGAAGGAGCCACGGCGCAAACUCCAGGAAACAACCUCUCCGAGGCGAAGAUAAAGGAACCAGGAGAGCCCACUCAGGAACAGGCAAGGAAGAACCACCCCCAACAAAAGAACAACAUAAAGAGCCCGCCGGCCUCCGGUCACUGUUGUCGUCAAUGUUUGGCUCUAGUCAGAGUCAAGGCACCGAAAAAUUUCCUCGGGGUCCCUAA